AUGAAGCCUUAUAGACAGGAACCCACUGGGUUCCAGGACAGCAGCAGCAGCAGCAGCAGCAGCAGCAGCAAUAGCAGCAGCAGCAGCAGUAGCAGCAGCAGCGGGGGUCCCUACCUCAGCUCUCACCCCCAUAGGAGAACCCCUCAAGGGGCCCCCGUUGGUUCCCCUAUGGGGGCCCCCUCGGGGGCCCCCCGGGGGGCCCCCUUUAUAUCCUCUGUAGGGGCCCCUAUGGGGGCCCACCGGGGGGCCCCAAUAGGGGAUUUAAGGGGGGCCCCUAUAGGGGCCCCCCGGUGGGCCCCAAUAGAGGAAUCAAGGGGGGCCCCUAUAGGGGCCCCCAUAGAGCGUAGUGAAGGGGGGGCCCCCCCUUGGGAGCAUGUAUACACUAGACACGGUAUAGAGGGGGUUUAUAUUGUCGCAGAAUCCUCUUAUCUCUGUCUCUGUCCGUCUAAAGCUAAUCAAACACAGACAUCUCACCAGCAAACUCUUAAAAACUAUAAAGAUACUAAUGCUGCUGCUACUGGCGCCCCAUCUGCUGCAGCAGCAGCAGCAGCAUCAGCAGCAGCAGCAGCAGGAGCAGCAGGAAGGACCCUGGGGGCCCCUGGAGGGGUCCCUGGAGACACUGCAGCUGGCCCGCUGCAACAGCAGCAACAGCAGCAGCAGCAGCAGCAGCAGCAGGGAGAGGGGGGGGGCCCCAGUUUAGGGGGCCCCCUGUCUAUGAUGCGGAAUAAAGAGACAUGCUUGUGGAGGAGACAAACUAACACGAAGAGACCCUUAGCAUGCAUACACCCCGAUGGGGCUGUGGGCGCCCUCUAUGAAGGGGACGGUCUUAUAACAUUUUGGUGCAUUAAUGACUUUACAGACCCCUUUCUUUGCUUCAGUAUUUCUCCUUAUCUUCUUCACCAGCAGCAGCAGCAGCAGCAGCAGCAGCAGCAGCAGCAGAAGCAGCAGCAGAAGCAGCAGCAGCAGCAGCUCUGGGAGGUGCCUACGUCUUUGGGGUUCUCACCGGAUGGGUCUCUGCUGCUGCUAGGAACCGAUAGAAAUCGCUUGCUUGCAUUUAAUGCAUUUACAGGGGCCCCUGCUGCAGUGUGGGGCCCCACAACAUCAGCAGCAGCAGCAGCAGCAGCAGCAGCAGGAGCGGGAUGGGGGGGCCCCGCUCAGCACUUUGGUGCUGCACUGGAUGAUGUGCAACAGUGGCUGCUGCAUGCAUUUACUGAUACCCAAGAAGAAGAGACAUCACGUUGCUUCAGCAGCAGCAGCAGCAGCAGCAGCGGGGCAGUCUGCGGAGAAGCCUUUGUCCCAGCUGUUGCUGCUGCAUCCGAUUUGCUGCUGUGCGGAAGUGAUGACGGGUGGGUGUAUAUCUAUGACUUAAAAGCAGCAUCAGCGCACAACACCUUCAAACAAAGCACAAGGGGGGCCCCCCUGGGGGCCCCCUUGGGGAGGUGUACGUGCUGCUGGCAGCAGCAGCAGCAGCAGCAGCAGCAGCAGCAGCUGAGUGGGGGUCCCCAGGGGCCCCUGUUUCGUUAUAAAGGAGACACUGAAGAAGGAGGAGACAGCUGGCUGCAGGACUGCUGCUGCUGCGAUAUAAAGUCUGGGCCUAUUGCUGCCUUGGGGCCCCACUGGGGGGCCCCUCAUUGGGUAGCAGCAAACCCUAAGUAUGAUGUUGUUGCUACUGCAGGUUUAAACUGCUCUCUAUGGAGACCCAGUAGCAGGUGA